AUGGACGCCGUUGACUCGGUGGUCGACCCGCUCCGGGAGUUCGCCAAGGACAGCAUCCGUCUCGUCAAGCGCUGCCACAAGCCCGACCGCAAGGAGUUCACCAAGGUCGCCGCGCGGACUGCGAUCGGCUUCGUCGUCAUGGGAUUCGUCGGCUUUUUUGUCAAGCUCAUCUUCAUCCCUAUCAACAACAUCAUCGUCGGUUCCGGCUGA